AUGUUCGUCAAAUCCGAGACCUUGGAGUUGAAGGAGGAAGAGGACGUGUUAGUGCUGCUCGGAUCGGCCUCCCCAGCCUUGGCGGCCCUGACCCCGCUGUCAUCCAGCGCCGACGAAGAAGAGGAGGAGGAGCCGGGCGCGUCAGGCGGGGCGCGUCUGCAGCGCGGGGCUGAGGCCGGGCAGGGGGCGCGGGGCGGCGUGGCUGCGGGUGCGGAGGGCUGCCGGCCCUCACGGCUGCUGGGUCUGGUACACGAUUGCAAACGGCGCCCUUCCCGGGCGCGGGCCGUCUCCCGAGGCGCCAAGACGGCCGAGACGGUGCAGCGCAUCAAGAAGACCCGUAGACUGAAGGCCAACAACCGCGAGCGAAACCGCAUGCACAACCUCAACGCGGCACUGGACGCGCUGCGCGAGGUGCUCCCCACGUUCCCCGAGGACGCCAAGCUCACCAAGAUCGAGACCCUGCGCUUCGCCCACAACUACAUCUGGGCGCUCACCGAGACCCUGCGCCUGGCGGAUCACUGCGGGGGCGGCGGCGGGGGCCUGCCGGGGGCGCUCUUCUCCGAGGCAGUGUUGCUGAGCCCGGGAGGCGCCAGCGCCGCCCUGAGCAGCAGCGGAGACAGCCCCUCGCCCGCCUCCACGUGGAGUUGCACCAACAGCCCCGCGCCGUCCUCCUCCGUGUCCUCCAACUCCACCUCCCCCUACAGCUGCACUUUAUCGCCCGCCAGCCCGGCCGGGUCAGACAUGGACUAUUGGCAGCCCCCACCUCCCGACAAGCACCGCUAUGCACCUCACCUCCCCAUAGCCAGGGAUUGUAUCUAGAGCUGCCAUUUCUGCUACCCACGCCAGGCCUUAGUGGGUUCCCUUUCCUGUCCCCAGUCGAGCCCUCCUCCCUUCCCUUGCCCCUCCUUUCCACGCCCUGGAAACCAUCUCACUUCACAGGGCAGGUGUAGCCUUUCUGAUUCCUCGGUUGUUUCUUGCAUUUCUGGGCUUUGGGUAUCCUUCAUUCAGACAGGCUCUGAUUUAUUGAAGGUGUGAUGGAGCUUAUUGUCAAAGCCAAGGGUGGCGUUUUGGGGGCGCUUCUUGAGAAGAAAAAGACCCUGGGAAGAGAUGAUGGUGGCAUAUCUAAAGAGUUUGCAGAGCGGACUGACGCUCCUCCCCUUUCUCUUUAACGCCGAAGGACUUGGUGCAGUUCGUGUGAAUCUCACAGGGGGAAUGCAACUGGUUCCUGUGAUCUCUUCACCUUUGCUUCUACAUAGAGAUGUUAAUGUCGAGUAGAAAGAAAUGUAUCUUAGCAUCUGAAUGAUUUUGCUGGUAAUAAUAUUAUCCACAGAUUUGCAAUGGCUGGCAUCUGCUUUAUUCCCAUUGCUGUCUGCAGGCUGUGGGAAUUUCACCUGUCAAACCAAACUUCCCUCUCUGAUGUGCACUUUGUUCUGUUUCCCAGAUUCGUCACAAUGCCUAUUGUCCUGUCCUUCUCUUUCCUUUUUCUUCCCCAUUUUGCCAUCUGUCUCUUAUGAUUUAUAAGGGGGAAAAAACUUGUUUUGUUAGAGGGGCAGGUUAGAAGUCAUUGUAUAAUUUGUAGGCUUUGUAAUGAUUGAAUGCAAGCGUGGAAAUUUAGGCUGAACUCUCUAUCAAAAGGAAAAAUGUGGAGGAAAAGGGAAAAAUCAGGAGGGAGGAUUGCUUCAUGCAUUAUUUAUCUCGACCUUUUAGGGGAGAAGGAACUCCCCCAUUCUUUCAAGAGAUUAAAAAUAAAUCAACAGUCUGAAAACCUAAGCAGACACGGAGCAUUAUCCGGAUCAGCCACACACGUGUUCCCUUCUAUUUAUUAUAAAGAAAU